AUGAAGAACGAAUAAUCUAUAUUUAAGUUAUUUUUGACCAUUGACUUAGCUAAACAACUUACUAAUAAUAAAGAAAUUGGUGCUUAUCGUUUUGUGAUUGAUUUAUAAGAUUAAUCAAAAACAUUUAAUUCGGCAUCGACCUAGAGCAUUUUAUUUUUCUUAAAUGAAAUAGAAAACAAUACCAACAUGACGGUGAAAAUAAUAUCAGAAAAAGCAAACAAAAUUUUAGGUACUUUAAGUAUAUUGAUCCCAUUUGCAAUUAACUAUGAAUAAGAAUUGACCAUAACUGAAUCAUUUCAAUUUGAAAACGAAACCAAAUUGAAUGGUUCUUACACACUCUAUUUAAUUAACAUCCCAUUGUUCAAAUAAUAAGGCUCCAAUGAUAGCACAUCUGUCUAAAAAACUAACCUUGCUCCUUAAUAAUAAAAGUAAAAGAAGCAGGUCUCUAAGUCCCCUUAAUCAAAACAGUCAUAGUAAUCUUAUCUAGAAAAAAUAAACAAGGAAGUCACCUAGAUUCUAAAUAAACAUCACCAUUCUCUAAGCUCAAGGAAAGAUAAGACGAUUGAUACUGGGAUUGUGGAUGAAUCUCCAAGUAGAAUAAGCGAUAGAGUGUAAGUGAGUAGAUCUGGAACAAUUAUUUAGUCGGAGAUCAGUCCAUCUUAAGUGAGAAAAUAUGUUAUGGAAGAUUCUCCGUCUAAAUUAAAUUGCAGUUUCAAUAAGGAAAAGGAAAUAAACCAUAGGCAUCAUUAAGAACUUAGUUGCUUAUACUACUUAGAUUAGGCAACUCUAAGUAAUCAAAUUCAAAUAGAGAAUGAGAACUUAAAAGAAACUGUUAUAAAUUUGAACACUAAAUUGGAGUAUUAGGAAUAAUAAAUAAUUUUAUACAAAUCAUUAGAAUCAAAUUAUAAAGAACUCUAAAAUCAGUUAACCUCAUUUUUGAAGGCUCAGGAAUUAACUAAAUCUGUUGAUUCAGUAUUUGAUAAGGAAAUACUAAAAUUGAAUGCAUAAUUAAAUUAGAAGAUUUCCCAAUUGUUAGAAAACGAAAAGAAAUUUUCAAAAUAAAAACUUGAGUAUGAAAUCUAAAUAUCUGAACAGAGGAAUGAAAUUAAUAUGCUGAGAUAGAAUCUAUACGAAUUAAGUGAGAGAUAAAAAUACUAUUCCAAUUUAAAUAAUGAAUUAAUUAACCAAAAAUAAUAAAAUAUGGAAUUAAAAUAAGAUUUAAUUAAAAACGUUAAGGAUUACGAAGUCAAAUUAUCUAAAUUUGAUUAGCAUAUCACAGACCAAAAUAAAAAAAUUGAUGAUCAAACUAAGUUAAUUUGGGAUUAAAAGUAGCAAUAUUAAGAGUUGGAGAAAUAAAAUAAAUCCUUAUCUUUUUAAUUGAAGAAGCUUCAAGAGAAUCAAUAAAAACAGCCAUUAAUUAAUAUAAAACCAGUCAGCAAUAAUAAUGAUAAUGAAGAGACAUCAAAACAACUAUAAAUUACAUAAGAGAUUAACUAAUAGAAGUAAAUUGAAAUUGAAAAAUUACAGAAUGCUUUAAAGAAAGCUCAAUAAUUAAAUUAAGAUUAAUAGAAUGAGUAAGCAUAAACAAAAUAAGCAGUAAAUUAGCUUAAAUAGGAACUCUCAAAAUUAAAAGAACACAACAUAUAAAAUUAAAAUCAAAAGACAAAAUAAUAAACUGAAACUAAAUAAUUGCAAUAAUAAAUAGACAACGAAAAAUCAAAAGUUGCAACUUUAUAGAGUCAAUUAAAAGCCAAGAGCAUUUAAUUACAAGAGGCUUAAGUUAGAGAUGAGAAUUAAUAAAAUAAGAUAUUGAAAUUGGAGUAGAUUAUAAAAUAAACCAAGAAUUUGAUUGAAAAUUAGGAAGAACAGAUCAAUUUAUUGAAUAAUUAAAUUAAAGAUUUGUAGGAUACAAAACAGAAAUAACAAAAUGAUAUAAAAGAGGACAAAGAAAAAAUGAAUUAAUUAAAGUAAUUGAUAAGUGGAAUGAAAGAAUAACGAGUUGCAUACAUUCCAAUGCAUGGUGAUCCAAUAGAUCAUGCUCUAUCAGAAUACAUCAACUCUGUGGAUGAUCCAAAAAAACUAAUUGAACUCUUUUUUAGGGAAAAAGAAGGAUAAUAUUUAAUCGGCUCAAAAAGUGUACACCUAAAGACUGAAUAAGGGAAAGUGUUUGUUAAGAUUGGUGGAGGAUUCAUAGGAAUUGAAGAAUUUUUGGAUUUAUAUUUAAAGGAAAAAACUGAGAAAAUUGAAAAAAAAUAAAGCUAACUAACUCCACGAAAUAAGACUUCGAAUAAAAGUUAAAGAUCUUAGAUAUCUACUCACUAGUUUACUUCUUGA